ACCGGCCGGCGGGCGGGGCUCUGGGCCCGCGGUGGGGGCGCGUCCCCCACAGCCUGAGCCUCGGCGGCUGGGGCGCGGCCGCGGCGGGUCGUCUCCUAGAUACCCUCCAGAGGGCAGGGAGCCCGUCUGCUGAGUUGAGGACGGUUUCUCCAGUGCCUGGCACCUGUCUCCACAGGUGAAAUUGUCGCCGUCCGCAUCCAUCGCCAGGCGCGUUUUUAAGGAGGAGGAAGCUGUCAGGUUCGCGGCAGAGGAUACAGAGUUUCCCGGUUCUGAGUUUGCCCGCAAGCCCGAUUCUUAGGACCAGUUUUCCUGGAAGCGACAGACUCAUUCAGUGGAUGUUUGGGAGACCAUCUGCGAAGUGCCUGACUUUGGGAAUAAGCCUGAUUGUGCAGGUAAUCCCGGAGGCCCAGGAGACCCUCAGACUGGCAGAAUGAAUGACUGGCUCAGGAUUUUUGACCAGAAUGUGCUGGUCCCCCCCCACCCACAGAGAGCACGCCAGCCUUUAAAGGAAUCAACAGCGUUUCAGUGUGUCCUGAAGUGGCUUGAUGGGCCACUGAUGAAGCAGGGAGUCCUGGAGGUGCUUUCAGAGGUGGGCUGCCAUCUGCGCGUGUCUCUCUUUGAUGUCACCUACCGACACUUUUUCGGGAGGACAUGGAAGACCACGGUGAGGCCGGUGGAGCCGCUGUCCAGGCAGCCGUCCAGGAUCGUCUUUGAAGAGGGAGGAAACCCGUCAAAUGUCGGCGAGUGGGAUGUGACUGGGGCGAAUGAGGCCCCCCCUUCGGUCAAGAGAGGCCUCUUCUCGCAGCCCGUGUACUUUCACACGUCCUUAAAGCACCCUAACGUGGUGGCCGUGGUCGAGGUGGUCACCGAAGGCCUGACGCGGGACGGCUCCCUCCAGGCGCUGUCGUGUGGGUUUGGAAUUCUCCGGCUCUUCGGCAACAAGCUGGAAUCCCCGGCCUCUACCUCCCAGGACACGCGGCUGCGGCUGUACCAUGGCUCCCCCCGCGCCCUCCUGCACCCGCUGCUCCAGGACCCCGUGGAACAGAACAAGCACGUGACCCUCAUUGAGGGCUGCAGCCUCCAGUACGCGCUGAGGCCGCACCCGCUCCUGGAGCCUCUGUUCCAUCUUCUUCCUGAGAACCUUCUGGUGUCUGGUCUGCAGCAGAUACCUGGCCUCCUUCGAGUUCACGGAGAAAAGGGGGAUGCCCUCCGAAAGCCUCGCCUUCAGAAGUCCGUCACGUGGUACUUGGACGAUUUAUUCUUCACGCUGUACCCUUCCUUGGAGAAGUUUGAGGAAGAGCUUCUGGAACUCCUCAUCAGUGAUUACUUCCGGGAGGGGGGCGUUCCGCUGGACGGCAGCACGCUGGAGAUCUUGGAGCGCCGCCUGUGCGUGGGCGUGCACAACGGUCUGGGCUUCGUGCAGAGGCCGCAGGUGGUGGUGCUGGUGCCCGAGCUGGACGUGGCCUUGACGCGCUCUGCCAGUUUCAGCAGGAAAGUCGGCUCCUCCUCCAAGGCCAGCUCUGGAAACCAGGCUCUGGUUUUGAGAAGCCGCCUCCGACUCCCUGAGAUGGUCCGUGACCCUGCGUUUGCCAUCGUCUUUCAGCUGGAGUACGUGUUCAACAGCCCUUCCGGAGUGGAUGGCAAGGCGGCCUCCGUCCCCUCCCUGUCCGGCGUGGCGUGUAUGCACACGAUUCGCUGGGCUGUUUGGAACCCCGUGCUGGAAGCCGGCUCCGGGAAGGUGACCUUACCUCUGCAGGGUGGGAUCCGGCCCAACCCUUCGCACCGUCUGGUCUAUAAAGUGCCCCCGGCCAGCAGGAGCUCUGAAGAGGUGAAGCAGGUGGAGUCAGGGACUGUCCAGUUCCAGUACUCGCUGAGCCCCGAGGAACACCUGGACACCACCACGGGCCUCGUGCACGGCUCCGAGGCAGAGCGGCAGCCCUCCAGGAGACCACCCACAUCCCCCACAAGCCCGCCAGCACCGCCACCGCAGAGGCUCGCUGCCCUCCAGGACUCGCCUGUGGGACCCGGGUUGUCGCUCUCCCAGCUGGCGGCUCCCCCGCAGUCCCCCGCUCGGCGCCGCUCGGCCACACCCGCCCCACGGCCACCCGACAGCUCGGAGCCCCCGCUGGCCCGGGAGCAGGAGCUGCCCCCGGAGGGCAGGAUCUCUCACCUGGAGGCCCAGCUGAGCCAGGCGUCCUCGGUCCUGGGAGCGUCUGUUGCUGAGCAGCUGCGGGAGCUGCCUUUCACGCCGGUGCACACCCCGAUUGUCGUGGGAGCCCAGACCAGGAGCUCUGGGAGUAGGCUGUCUCGAGCCUCGAUGGUGCUCCUGCAGGCUUCCGGCUUUCCCGAAAUUCUGGAUGACAAUAAGCAACCAGCGGAGGCUGUCGAUCCUGCGGAUCCCGUGCAGUUCAAGCUGGAGAAGGAAGAAGCGGACGGUCUGCAAGGCAACGAGAUAGUGCUGCAGUUCCUGGCCUUCAGCAGAGCGUCCCAGGACUGCCAGGGAGCGCCGUGGCCAAAGACCGUGUAUUUCACCUUCCAGUUCUACCGCUUCCCGCCCGAGACAACGCCACGCCUGCAGCUGGUCGGGCUGGACGAGACAGGCCGGACGCGCUCCGGUUCCCUGUCGCAUCUCCUGGUUCUCACUGACAAGGAUGGCUCCUCUGACGCUGGGUCUCCCGGCUUUCAGCUCAAGUACCUGGUGGAUCCUGGGUUCCUGAAGCCCGGAGAGCAGCGCUGGUUCACCCGCUACCUGGCCACCCAGACCCUACAGAUCGACGUCUGGGACGGAGACUCCCUGCUCCUCGUGGGAUCUGCGGCCGUCCCGAUGAAGCAUCUGCUCCGCCAAGGCCGGCCGGCUGUGCGGGUCCUGCACGAGCUCGACGUUGUGGCGACCGAGUAUGAGCAGGACGUGGUGGUGAGUGGAGAUGUGACCCGGUUUGGCUGUGUCAAGCCCAUCGGUGUCUACACGGUGCUGAAGGGCUGGCUGCAUCUGACGCUGGCCAACGUGGGGCACGUGUGUGAGCAGACGGAGAGAAAGUCGAGCUCGCUGCCACCUUCCAGGUCACGGGUCAUCUCGAACGACGGCGCCCGGCACUUCGUGGGAGGCAGUCUCCUCACGCGUGGGGGUCUGAGACUAAAAAAUGUGGUCCAAGCACAGAAGCUGGCCGACGUGGACCGUGAGCUGGCCGCCAUGCUGUUCACGCGCGCGCAGCCCGGGAGCAAGGGGCCCCCGGGUGCCAGCCGCGAGGGGGACGCCGUCCGCAGGCGCAAGCUGGAGCGGAUGAGGUCCGUGCGCCUUCAGGAGUCCGGAGGAGAGCUCAGCUGCUGGGGGGCCAGCCUGUUGGCUCGGCAGAGCGUCCGCGCCCAGCACGCACGCGACCUGCAGGUCAUUGCGGCCUACCGGGAGCGGACCAAGGCCGAGAGCAUCUCCAGCGCCCUGAGCCUGGCCAUCACCACCACACACACCAUCCACGUCACGCCCGGCACUGCCGAGUUCUUCGAGUUCGCCCUCAAGAACCCCCACAACGUGCAGCACACCGUGACCAUCGACGUGGACAACCCAGAGCUCAGCAUCAUCCGGGAUAGUCGGGAGUGGAGGUACUUCAAGGACGCGGCUGAGCUGAACACACCGGUGGAGGAGGACAUGUUCCAUCUCCGAGGGAACCUCGCCCCGCAGAUCUUCCUACGUCCGCGGGAGACCGUCCACAUCCCCUUCCGAUAUCAGACCUUCUCUGUGGGGUCGCCAGCCUUGGUGCAGGCCUCUGCUGAGCUGAGAUCUGAGAAGGGCACGGAUGCCGGGUCGCCCCAGAAGUCCAGUGCGAUGUCCACUAAGCAUGCCAAGGUGUCGUUCCGGGGCAGCGGCGGCAAGCCCCUCGCCGUGCUCUGCCUCACCGUGGAGACCCAGCCCCACGUGGUGGACCAGGUCUUCCGCUUCUACCACCCGGAGCUCACCUUCCUGAAGAAGGCCAUCCGCCUGCCUCCCUGGCACACGCUUCCAGGUGCUCCCGUGGGAAGACCCGGUGAGGAACCCCCGGUCCAUGUCCGAUGUAGCGACCCCAAUGUCAUCUGUGAGACCCAGAAUGUGAGCCUCGGGGAGCCACGGGACGUGUUCCUGAAGGUGGCUAGUGGUCCAAGCCCAGAGAGCAAAGACUUCUUUGUCACUGUUUAUGCGGACCGCUGGCUGGCGACGCCCGUCCAGGUGUGGCAGGUCCACCUCCACUCCUUGCAGCGUGUGGACGUCUCCUGUGUCACAGGCCAGCGGACCCGGCUGUCCCUUGUCCUUCGGGGGACCCAGGCAGUUAGGAGAGUGCAGGCUUUUACCUCGCACCCCCAGGAGCUGAAGACGGACCCCAGGGGUGUGUUUGCGCUGCCGCCGCACGCGGUGCAGGACCUGCACGUCGCCGUGAGGCCCCGGAGGGCGGGGAGCCGCUUCAUCCACCUUAACCUGGUCGACGUGGACUACCACCAGCUGGUGGCCUCGUGGCUCGUGUGCCUCUCUUGCCGCCCACCUCUCAUUUCCAAGGCUUUCGAGAUCACGCUGGCCGUGGGGGAUGGCAGAGGCGCCAACAAGCGCAUCACCUACACCAACCCCUACCCCUCCGCGAGGACCUUCCACCUGCACAGCGACCGCCCGGACCUGCUGCAGUUCAGGGAGGACUCCUUCCAGGUUGGGGGAGGGGAGACCUACACCAUCGGCCUGCGGUUCGCUCCCCGGGACAGCGCCGGGGAGGAGGAGAUCCUGAUUUACAUCAACGACCACGAGGACAAGAACGAAGAGGCGUUUUGCGUGAAGGUCACCUACCAGUAGGGGAGCCGCCGGCCGUGCUCGCCUGCCCGCCGCUGCGCAGCGACAGACUCGUGCGCGCC